GCCCACGUAAACCAUUGCAAAGUGGUGUGCGCGCGCGUUCACGUGAACUCUUUCUGCUUUCUCCUUUGCUUUGACGUCACUGCACUAUGAUCCGAAAUCCCUGAUAACUCGAGGCGCGCUCCCGCGGUGCUUUGCAUGAGGCUGAGCUGUGACAGCCCGGGCACGGCUCUAUUUGCAGACAGCUAGCCCCGCCGCGGAGGAGCCGAAGGCGCUGACAACACCACUGGUGCGGUUAGUCGACCUUCAUUUCGGCCGACAAGCUUCUGCCGGGCGGUGCGUUCUGUCUGUCCAGGAAUGAGAGAUGAUGGCUGGCUGUGCAGCAGAGGAGAAAACCUUCCGCCGCUUCCUGGAGCUCUUCCUCCGGGAGAUGAGGAUGCCUCUGCAGGAGAGCGACCCGUUGCCCAUGCGCCCUGUAUCGGACCUGCUGACGGAGGACGAGCUGGAGGGGGAGUGCCUGGACCUAUGUCUCCAGCACCUGUACAAAUAUAACUGCCCGUGCUCCCUGGCGGCGGCUCUGGCCCGGGCUACUACAGACAGCGUCCUGCAGAUGGACAUGUCCCAGCUGAGUAAAACUCAGGAGGGAGCCGACCUGCCCCAGGUGGAGUCGGUGAAACUGGCGCGCCUGCUCUUUAACUGCCUGUUUGACACAUGCUGCCAGUGGGUGAAGGAGCUGCCCUUCCAGCGUCGCCCACAGCCCUACUAUGAGACCUCCAUCCAUGCCAUCAAGAACAUGAGGCGCAAGAUGGAGGACAAGCACAUCAUCAUCCCCGACUUCAACACACUCUUCAACAUCCAGGACCAGGAAGAGCAGGCAUUCUUUGCGGUCUUUGAUGGGCACGGUGGAGUGGAUGCCGCCAACUACGCAGCCACCCACCUCCACGUGAACCUGGCCCACCAGGAAAGCUUCAACCAGGACCUGGGAGAGGCUCUGUACCGCGCUUUCCGACACACCGACGAGCAGUUUGUCAAGAAGGCUUCACGGGAGCACCUGCGCUGUGGGACGACGGGUGUGGUGACAUUUCUGAGGGGGCGCACUCUUCACGUGGCCUGGCUGGGCGACUCUCAGGUCAUCCUGGUCAGGAGGGGCCAGGUGGUGGAGCUGAUGAAGCCUCACAAACCUGACAGAGAGGAUGAAAAGAAGAGGAUUGAAGCUCUGGGCGGCUGUGUGAUCUGGUUCGGCACAUGGAGAGUCAAUGGCAGCCUGUCCGUCUCCAGAGCUAUAGGGGACUCUGAGCACAAGCCGUACAUCUGUGGAGAUGCAGACCACAGUCUGUUCCCUCUGGAUGGCUCAGAGGACUACCUGAUCUUGGCCUGUGAUGGCUUCUGGGACACGGUGGGCCCUGAGGAGGCAGUGCGGGUGGUCAGUGACCACCUGAGUGAGAACACAGGCGACACCACCAUGGUGGCACACAAGCUGGUGGCCUCUGCGCGUGACGCAGGCUCUAGUGACAACAUCACCGUUAUGGUGGUGUUCCUGAGGGAUCCACGCUGCCCUGCCCCCACCAGCCUUGAUGAGGAGGAGGAACCUAUGGUGGAGCAGGUGGAGCCAGUGGAGGAUGAGGGGGCAGGUGAGGAGGAAGAGGAGGAGGAAGAGGAAGAAGAAGAGGGGGCGAGGGUAGAGCGGGCUGGGGAGGGGGGUACUAAUGCAGACCAGGGUGUGAAGGCUCGUGGCUGGCCCCUGCAGCAGUGCUCGGCCCCUGCGGACCUCACAUAUGAAGACCGCACAGACUCUUUCACAGACAGGACCACCCUAAGUCUGGGACCUCCACUCAACCGCAUCUUUCUACCCAGGGGCCUGGGGAGAAAAGCGGAGGGGCCCCUGCGGCGCCAGUCCCUGCUCUGGUCUCAGAAGCUGGGCUCCACGGACCCCCUGUCUUCAUUGUCUUUUCCAUCUCUGCACACAGCAGCGUGGCUGUGCCCCAGGCUUGGCUCAGCCCUCAGGCCCACCCACGAGCGUCGCCGCCUCCGCAGGGCCCUGCUGGGGCCUGCCCCUCAUGCCCUGCCCCAUAUCCAGCCCCCUGUGCAGGGACACAGGCACAGAGUGGAGCGCCCUCACCUGCCUCUGGAGGCCUCCAUCUGAAGCCCUGUCCAUGAGCACAGCUGCCCGCUUCAGCUCCACCCCUCUCACAUGUUUAGUGGCUCCUCCGUGAACUCAAUGUGCUUUUGUUUGACACAGUGUCCACUCACUGACCAUAGCACCACCACACAGGGCAGACACAGCAAUAAUGCUGCGCAAACUCUAGUUUGUUCUGAUUUGACCCUAGUUAAGUGUAUAUGUUUAGUUUGAGUCAAAGGUCAAACUCCUGUAUUUCCAUGGUAAUGAUCAAAAGUACCAUUACCCUAGCGCUUUAGAGUCUGCUACUCACUACAUCAUUGUUGCCAUUUGUCCUGCCUUUAGUGUUAUAAAGGGAUAUCCAUACUUGAGUUCUAUAUAAAGGAGUUGUCCGUCCUCAGUGCGUAGUUAAACAGGGUCUGUAGAUCAUUCCUUCACUCAGUCUGUGGAGCGUGUCUGUGCUGAUGAUGAGGAACACUUGUUUUACUCUAGUUAUUAUGAUUCUAGUUCUUAUAAGCCAUACUUGUACUGCCAGGAGGCAGGCGUCCUCUGUGGAGUUUGCUGCGUCUGUAUGAUUCAGGGACAGUCCAUAUCACUCUGUAUUAAAGGUAUUUUAUUGUGUUUCUGAAGUGCAGCGCCCUCAUUCUGCUCCAACCUGUAAGUGCAGACAUGUGCCUUUCAUUUGACUCCAGUGGUUCAUUUGAAUGAAGGAGAAAGUCCUUGUGUUCUGAUAAUAGAUGCUGAACUGCCCUGCUCUGCACCAGC